GAACAUAUUCCACCCCCGCCCCCCCGGCCCUUAAGCGAGGCGGCGCGUGCGCGAUUCGCGCACGGCUCUGAAUGGGCGCGCCCCCCCACCCGGAAGUGGCGCGCGCGGGGCCUGGGGCUACGGCGGGGCUGGGGCGUCCGCGCUUCGACACCGGCGCAGAACCAUCAUGAAAAUGUUUACUUUGAUGCCAGGAAUGUAACUUCACUAGGAACUAAUCCUCCAGUUACUUGAAGAUACCCUGUCCUUAGCUGAAUACUGGAACUCAUUAGACAAUGGGCACUCCAUACUAAGCAGGGGUGGAAGACGGAAGCCCAUUUGGGGACAGAAUGAGUUUAAAAGAUGCUGAUAGUGCAGUUUGCCAGGCAAAGGCAGCCUAUAACCUUCAGAUUUACCCCCAACUCUCAACAGAAAGUGCUCCCUGCUGCAAAGUGACAGCAACCAAGGACAGCACAUCAUCAGAUGUCAUCAAGGACGUGAUCAGCAUCUUAAACUUGGAUGUCUCCAAACAUUAUGUGCUUGUGGAGGUGAAAGAAUCUGGAGGAGAGGAAUGGGUACUUGAUAUAAAUGAUUCUCCUGUUCACAGGGUUUUGCUUUGGCCUCGUCGUGCUCAGGACGAGCAUCCACAGAAGGAUGGCUACUACUUUCUCUUGCAAGAGAGGAACACUGAUGGGACCAUCAAGUAUGUGCAGAUGCAGUUGCUCUCCAAGGAGACGGAUGCUCGGAGGUUGGUGGAACGGGGCUUUCUUCCUUGGCACCAGGAGGACUUUGAUGACUUGUGCAAUCUCCCCAACCUGACAGAGACAACACUCCUGGAGAAUCUCAAAUGCCGCUUCUUAAAGCACCGAAUUUACACUUAUGCAGGAAGUAUCCUGAUUGCAAUUAACCCCUUCAAGUUCCUGCCCAUCUACAAUCCCAAAUAUGUCAAGAUGUACGAGAAUCAUCAGCUGGGGAAGUUGGAGCCUCAUAUUUUUGCCAUUGCCGAUGUGGCCUAUCACACAAUGCUUAAAAAACACGUGAAUCAGUGCAUUGUUAUAUCAGGUGAAAGUGGAUCUGGGAAAACCCAAAGCACAAACUUUUUAAUUCACUGUCUCACGGCUCUGAGCCAGAAAGGGUACGCCAGUGGUGUGGAGAGAACCAUCCUGGGAGCUGGACCAGUCCUGGAGGCAUUUGGAAAUGCAAAAACAGCACAUAACAACAACUCCAGUCGUUUUGGGAAGUUCAUUCAAGUCAACUAUUUAGAGAAUGGUAUUGUCAGGGGGGCUGUUGUUGAAAAAUACCUGCUUGAAAAAUCUCGUCUGGUUUCUCAAGAGAAAGAUGAAAGGAACUACCAUGUCUUCUAUUAUUUGCUACUUGGAGUCAGUGAGGAAGAACGUAAAGAAUUUCACCUCAAGCAACCUGAAGAUUAUUUCUACCUCAACCAGCAUAACUUGAAAAUUGAAGAUGGGGAAGAUCUCCGGCAUGAAUUUGAGAGGUUGAAACAAGCCAUGGAGAUGGUUGGCUUCCUUUCAGCAACAAAGAAACAGAUUUUUUCAAUACUUUCAGCUAUUCUCUACUUGGGUAAUGUCACAUACAAGAAGAAAGCCACGGGUCGGGAUGAAGGGUUGGACGUGGGACCUCCUGAAGUGUUGGACAUUCUUUCCCAGCUGUUAAAAGUUAAACGAGAAAUCCUGGUAGAAGUGCUAACAAAAAGAAAAACUGUGACUGCUAAUGAUAAGCUUAUUUUGCCUUAUAGUCUCAAUGAGGCAAUAACAGCUCGUGAUUCCAUGGCAAAGUCUCUGUACAGUGCUCUGUUUGAUUGGAUUGUUCUAAGAAUCAAUCAUGCACUUCUUAAUAAGAAGGACAUGGAGGAAUCUGUUACAUGUCUGUCGAUUGGUGUACUUGAUAUCUUUGGAUUUGAAGAUUUUGAAACCAACAGUUUUGAACAGUUCUGCAUAAAUUAUGCAAAUGAGCAGCUUCAGUAUUAUUUCAAUCAGCACAUUUUCAAAUUGGAACAGGAGGAAUAUAAGAGUGAAGGGAUCACUUGGCACAAUAUUGACUAUACUGAUAAUGUGGCCUGCAUUCACUUAAUCAGCAAGAAGCCCACUGGCCUGUUCUAUCUUCUGGAUGAAGAAAGCAAUUUUCCACAUGCCACCAACCAAACUCUACUGGCGAAAUUCAAACAACAGCAUGAGGAGAACAAGUUCUUUGUUGGAACCCCGGUGAUGGAGCCCGCUUUUAUCAUCCGCCACUUUGCUGGAAAAGUGAAAUACCAGAUCAAAGAUUUCAGGGAGAAGAACAUGGAUUACAUGAGGCCGGAUAUCGUGGCUCUGCUGCGGGGCAGCGACAGUGCGUUUGUGCGGGAGCUCAUUGGGAUGGACCCUGUGGCCGUGUUCCGCUGGGCCGUGCUGCGCGCGGCCAUCAGGGCCAUGGCUGUGUUUGCAGAGGGGGGACGUCAGAGGGCUCAGAAAACUGCAGGAGUGGUACGUCAAGGACCCAGAGUUCCCCUUGCUGAACUCCAGAGAUCCAAUACUCCAGUAGAAAAAGUUUAUCGCUACUCAGUGCUUGAUUUCUCAUUUGAUUGUUCUGAGGAUUACACUAUAAAUGCUUUCCAAGACUUCAUUCCUUUCCAUGAAAACAAGAAAGACAUGCAUGAGCAGAUCAUCGCCAGUAUUAAAGGACUGCCCUGGCAGGGGGGGGAUCCCUGCAAGCUGCUUCGGUCACUCAGCCACCUUCAACACCACUCCCACUUCAUGAAAAGUAAAGGUAUCAAACAGAAGCAGAUCAUUCCCAAGAACUUGCUGGAUUCCAAAUCGCUGAAGCUCAUAGUGAGCAUGACUCUGCACGACCGAACCACAAAGUCCCUUUUGCACUUGCACAAGAAGAAGAAACCCCCCAGCAUAAGUGCCCAGUUCCAGAAUUCACUUAAUAAGUUACUGGAGACCCUGGGCAGAGCUGAGCCCUUCUUCAUCCGCUGCAUCCGCUCCAACGCAGAGAAGAAAGAAAUGCUUUUUGAUGAAAACUUGGUGCUUCAGCAGUUACGGUACACGGGAAUGCUAGAAACUGUGAGGAUCAGGAGGUCUGGCUACAGUGCCAAAUACACAUUCCAGGAAUUCAUAGACCAAUUUCAGGUGUUACUGCCCAAAGAUGCCAAAGCCUCUAAGGAAGACAUUUGUGCUUAUUUGAAUAAACUAAAACUGAAUGAAAGCUACUAUCAAAUAGGGAAGACCAAGGUUUUUAUGAAAGAGGCUGAAAGGCAGAUACUACAGGAUACACUACACAAAGAAGUGAUCAGGAAAAUCAUUCUUCUCCAGAGCUGGCUCAGGAUGGUUUUGGAAAGGAGGCGCUUUCUCAGGACACGGCAGGCGGCCAUUGUUUUACAGGCCUGCUGGCGUUCCCGCUGUAUCAGGAUGGCCCUGCAGAGGAGCAAUGCUGCCAUCGAGAUCCAGGCAGCCUGGAGACGGUACCGGGAGCGGAAACACUUCCUGCAGCACAGGAGGAGGAUUUGUCUCCUGCAGGCCCUGGUCAGAGGGCACCUGACACGUAAGAGAUAUCAGGAAAUGGCUGUAGAAAGGCAGAAAGCUGAAGAAAAGCAGAGAGAAAUGCAGGAAGAUGAAGACAGAGAGGAUAAUAAGAGCAAGCAUGAGCAGAGUGAGCCAACAACACAUGAGCUACCUGUGAAACAUGAAACAGAGCUGGAUCAGGCUGCUGGGGAUGAAGAUCGAGCUCAGAAUGAACAAGCUGAAGAUCGAGCUCAGAAUGAACAAGCUGAAGAUCGAGCUCAGAAUGAACAAGCUGAAGAUCGAGCUCAGAAUGAACAAGCUGAAGAUCGAGCUCAGAAUGAACAAGCUGAAGAUCGAGCUCAGAAUGAACAAGCUGAAGAUCGAGCUCAGAAUGAACAAGCUGAAGAUCGAGCUCAGAAUGAACAAGCUGAAGAUCGAGCUCAGAAUGAACAAGCUGAAGAUCGAGCUCAGAAUGAACAAGCUGAAGAUCGAGCUCAGAAUGAACAAGCUGAAGAUCGAGCUCAGAAUGAACAAGCUGAAGAUCGAGCUCAGAAUGAACAAGCUGAAGAUCGAGCUCAGAAUGAACAAGCUGAAGAUCGAGCUCAGAAUGAACAAGCUGAAGAUCGAGCUCAGAAUGAACAAGCUGAAGAUCGAGCUCAGAAUGAACAAGCUGAAGAUCGAGCUCAGAAUGAACAAGCUGAAGAUCGAGCUCAGAAUGAACAAGCUGAAAGCCUAGGUUCAUCUGAAAACCUGAGCUCAUCUGAGAUAGCCACAUUACCUCAGAAGAACACGACAGAGGGCUCGGAGAAAGUAACCACCAGCCGGGAGAAGAGGGAAUCUCGUCGGCAGAGGGGGCUGGAACACAACGACUUGCAGAACAAGCACGUCCUGUUGUCCUUCGAAGGACCAUCUUCGCUGUGCCUUGAGGAACAAACCACUUCUGAAGAGGCCCUGGAAACUGUUCCAGUGCCAGAGAAAUCCACAGCACAAGAUUAUACUGUCCCUCAGGGAAGCAGUGAGGAAGAGAAAAGUCCAAGUGAAGAAAAAGCCCUUCCAGACACGCCACCAUCAAGUGAGAUAAAGGAAAGUGGUUCUGUUCCUGAGCAACCACCGGUAUCAGAAGAGGGUGAUGUGGCAGCUGAUAGAACAAAAACACAAGGGAAUCAGAGUAACCAAAUAAAAGGCAGCCAAAGCUUUACCUGCCCUGAAAGGCCCACGAAUCUUGCACUGAAUCUUCAUAACAUGUUGUCAGCUACUGGGAGCUUUCGGAGUCCAUCUGACCCCUGGGCAGAUAAAAACAAACGUCUUGGUCAGAGGGCAACCAAAGACCUGGAUAGUCCCACUUCUUCUGCAAUCCAGAGAUAUGUGGAUGACCCAGAGAAGCUGAAGUACAAGAGGGAGAAGUGGAAAGGCAAGAGACAGUCUGAUGCUGGUCAGAAUGAUGUGCUGAGUCAAUCCUUGGAUGGAAGGACACGUGUGGAUAAGUCUCCUCAGGAUCAACUGGAGAAGAAGGGGAGUUCAGCUUCAUUAAGUGAUCUCUCAACACUGGCCCAGACUGUUGCCAUGAAUCAGCAGUCACCAGAUAUGAUAGAAGAAGAAAAAGGCACCAAGAAAUACCCUGUGCAGAAGAAGCCCAGUGACCACUUACCUACCUUGGACACGGCUGUUCCUGUGCAACCAGCGAGUCAGCAGGGAGAUGCCAAGUCUGCUUUUAAAAGUCCUUUGCGUAGACUUUUGGGGAAAAAGCCAGACAAGAAAAUUCCAAAGGAGAGCUCUGAUAUGAUUGAGGAAGGAGAUGGCCUCUCCCUUGUAUCUUGUGUCCUCUUUACAGACACAGGAGGAACUCAGAAAGUUUCAGAAGCUCCUUCUGGGCAGCCAGGCCGCCCCCAGGCAGUGAAGGAGAUCAGCAAAGCAAAGAAGAACAGGACCAUAAAGAUCAGCAAGAUCUCGAGCGUGUCCCAGAACUGGCGAGCGUCCAUGGUCCGCGAGAUUGCAAAUGCCAAUGAGCUGAAACACCUGGAUGAGUUCCUCCUCAACAAGAUCAAUGACUUACGCUCCCAGAAGUCUGGUGUUGAGUGUUUGUUUUUUGAAGCUACAGAGAAGUUUAGAGGAAACAUCAAGACCAUGUACUCUGCUCCUAAUGGACAAAUCCAUGUUGGCUACAAAGAUCUGGUGGAAAAUUACCAGCUUCUAGUUACAAAUCUGGCCCAAAAAAGAGAAGAGAAAGAAGUCAAGCUGGUUUUGAAUCUCUUUCAAUCCCUUCUGGAUGAAUUCAUAAGAGGAUAUACAAAAAAAGAGGAAUCUGAGCAGCCCAAGCAAACCAAAGCCCAGAAGAAGAAACGAAAACAAGAUCGUGCAAUUGAAGAACACAAUGGCCAUGUGUUCACAAACUACCAAGUGAGCAUCCGGCAGUCGUGUGAGCACUGCUCAUCCUACAUCUGGCCCAUGGAAAAAGCCUGUCUGUGCAGUGUUUGCAAGUUGACUUGUCACAAGAAGUGCAUGUCCAAAAUCCAGAGCAGCUGUACCUCCUGUGGGAAAAAGAAUGAGCAGGAUGCAGAACCACGACACUUCGGAGUGAGUGUGAGUUCCUUGACCAGCGAGAGGAACUCGGUCCCUGUUGUCAUGGAGAAGUUGCUAGAGUACGUGGAGAUGCACGGGCUCUACACGGAGGGGAUCUACAGGAAAUCAGGGUCAGCAAAUCGGAUGAAGGAGCUCAAACAGUUGCUGCAAGCAGAUCCAAACUCAGUGAAGCUGGAGAAUUACCCUAUUCACACCAUCACGGGGAUCCUUAAGCAGUGGCUGCGGGAGCUGCCAGACCCACUGAUGACAUCAGCACAGUACAAUGAUUUCCUCCGAGCUGUAGAACUACCAGAAAAACAGGAGCAACUCUGUGCCAUUUACAGUGUCCUGGAACAGCUCCCACAGGCAAAUCAUAAUACCCUGGAGCGACUCAUCUUCCAUCUUGUCAAAGUGGCUUUGAUAGAAGAUGUCAACCGUAUGUCACCCAAUGCCUUGGCCAUUGUGUUUGCUCCAUGCCUCCUGCGCUGUCCGGAUACCUCUGACCCCUUAACCAGCAUGAAGGAUGUUUCAAAAACAACCAUGUGUGUAGAGAUGCUCAUAAAGGAACAGAUAAGGAAGUACAAGAUAAAAAUGGAUGAGAUCAAUCAGCUGGAAGCAGCAGAGAGCAUUGCUUUCCGACGGCUCUCGUUGCUCCGGCAGAAUACACUCUGGCCUGUAAAACUUGGGUUCUCUUCCCCUUACGAGGGGAAGCUGAGUAAAAGCUCUCAGGUCAAAGGAAAUGACAGUGGCACCUCAGAGCUGGACUCGGUGCAUGAAGAUGAAGAAGUUUCUGAAGCCAAUAACCGGGAAAAGGAGAUUCUCAUCGAUCGCAUACAGUCAAUAAAAGAAGAAAAAGAGGACAUAACUUACCGGUUACCUGAGCUUGACCAGCGGGGCUCCGACGAGGAAAACGUGGACUCGGAGACGUCGGCAAGCACAGAGAGCCUGCUUGAGGAUAGGACAGGCCGGAUGGAUACCGAAGGUCAGUAUUAAGCAAUUAUCGGAUUACACUGCUGUGCUCAGAACUCCAGCCUGCCUGCCAAAGACAUUUGCAAAGUGCCUUCUCUCCCACAAACCUCUUCACAUUCCUACUCUGCAUCCCUGGCUUCAAGGCGCAGAUACUCUCUAACACUGUCCAAGAUGAAAGUGCCCCGUCGAACUCCAGUGAUGCCAACAGCAAAUAUAAAACUCCCUCCUGGGAUGUUCAAAUGUACAGAAUCCCAGGAUGAGGUUUCUGCUAACAAGGAGUCUCAGGUGGUGAGACGUAGGGAGCAGCCAGCAAGGCGGACUGACAGCAUCUACUCGGUAUACAUUGCACAAGGGUCUGCACUGGCCCACGCUCAGGAACUCGUGGAUGAAUAUGAACCAACUGCAAAAGUCAAACGGAGGUUCUCAGAUCCUUAUUCUCACAUUCCCUGUAUGGAGAAGUGAAAUACUUCAGCUGUCUGGACUUUUUUUGAAGUUGACCACAGCUUUUGGCUUUAACCCUUUGAAGGCUGUAAACUUGUGUUUAAGUGGCUGCCAGGAAGGCAACCUGGAAAUGUACAGUACUGUAAAGGUUCAGCAAGGUUGUUUAAAGCAAAUAUUUUCCACUUUAAAUUAAAACCUUGCAAAAAAACUAAAAUUUAAUGCUGAGUAAAAUAUAUGGGUUGAGUGUACAGGAAACAAGCCCCCCCAGUUCCGCUGCUGUGCCUUUUUCCAUUUGUCUUAUAAUGGACUCUCAUGGGACCAACAGUGAGUUUAGGUCAAUGUGUGUUGCCUUAAUUUUUUUUAUGACAAUUUUCUGUGUGGUUUACAGAACUGUUUAACGUAAUAGCCUUAACUGAGACCAAAAUGUAUAAAGAAGUUUAUUAAAACGUUGCACUUUUAAAAAAAA